AUGAAUAAUUUAAAACGGCCUCAUCAAUCAAAAUCUGAUGUGAAUAAUAAUGACAUUGUUUCGAGUACACCGAAACAAACUAAAAAAAAUAAAUUAAUAGUAACUUCAAAUGCAAACAGAUCAUAUACAAUAGGUCAAAUAAAAGAACUUUGUAUGCUUAAUUUUAUGUGUCAAAAAAAUUUUUCUAUUGAAUUUCAUCCAACUCCUAUGCAAAUUAUUACUGGUGCUAAUGGUUCAGGAAAAUCAACAAUAGCAAAUGCAAUAUGUCUUUGUUUGGGUGCUCAAGCAAGAACAACAGGUCGAUCAUCAAAUGUUCAAUCGUUUAUUCGAAAUGGUGAAAGAUUUGCAGAAUUAUCAAUUACAUUAGCAAAUGAAGGACCGGAAGCAUAUAAACCUGAACUUUAUGGAAAAGAAAUUCAAAUUAUACGAAAAAUUGGUCUUAAACAAUCAGGUUAUAAAAUCUUAGGAGAUAAUCAUAAAGUAAUUAGUACACGUAAAGAAAUUAUAGCUGAAAUAAAUCAAGCAUUAUCAAUAUCACCUGAAAAUCCAUUAUGUGUUUUACAUCAGGAAGUUGCUAAAACAUUUUUAUUACAAAGUGAUGCUCAAAAGAAAUAUCAAUUCUAUAUGAAAGUAUCUCAAUUAGAUCAAAUAAAACAAGCUUAUGAAGGAGCUGUAUAUACUGUUCAAUCAAUUUAUCAACGUAUAAAUAAUAUGAAAGAUAGACAUAUGGAUAUGCUUCGAGCAACGGAACCAUUAGAACAAGAAGUCAAAAAAAUUGAUAUUCGACGUGACCAAGAAAGAAAAAAACAUGAAUUAGAAAUAGAACUUAAUGUAGCUCGUAAUAUUGAAGCACAACAAGAAUUAAUUACUGUACAAAAUGAAUUAGAUCAAACACAAAAAAGUAAAGAUAUGAUCGAAGCAAAAAUGACAGAAAUAAUGAAUCAAAUUCGUAAUGCUGAUCAACGAAUAGAAAGUCUUUUAAGUGAAAGAUCUGAUAUAGAAAAAGAUUUACUUGGUCUAAAUGGUUUACGUGAAUUAAAUUAUCAGUUUUCAAAGGAGAAAAAAGAAAUUGAACUCACGAUUUAUCGUCUUUCACGUGAAUGUGAACAAUAUCAUCAAACAUUAAAAGAAAUUGAACAAGAACAAAAUAAUUUACAAAAACAGAUUGAUGAAUUUGAAAAUCUACGUCAACAAUCAAAUCAGAAUGAAGAAGAACGUCAAAAACUUCAUCAUGAAAUUCAAGAUUGUCAAAAAAAACAAAAUGAAUGGGAUAAAAUAAUGACAUCAUUUACUGACGAUAUAAAUAUUAAUAAUGAUAAUAUUCAAAAUAAACAAUCAACAAUUGAUUUUAUACAAAAUGAAUUAAAACAAAGACAACAUGAUAUUGAUGAACUUAAAAAAAUAGAAAAAGAUAAGACAAAUGUUUAUGGUACAUGGAUAUCAGAUUGUUUAAAAGCAAUUGAAAAUGAAAAUAGAUUUCAUAGAAAACCUAUAGGACCUAUAGGUCGUUAUAUACGUUGUAUAGAACCACGUUGGUCAUAUGCUGUUGAAAAACAUCUAGCUCCUAUUAUGUCGUCAUUUAUUUGUACAGAUGUUCAUGAUGAAGGUAUAUUACUUGAAUUAUUUGCACAUUAUUCACGUGGUUAUCGUCCAACAAUAUUUGUUAUGAAAUAUCCUGAAAGAGUUCAUGAUAUAUCAGGAACACUAGACCGUGUAAGACGUGCUAAUCUUUUAUCGAUUUAUCAAGUUUUAAAAAUCGAUAAUAUACCUGUUGAAUGUGUAUUAAUUGAUUUUAAACAAAUUGAAGCAACAAUUUUACUUGAAGAUUUACAACAUGCUAAACGUAUUCGACAAAGUGGAAUAUUACGUUGGGAAAGAAUUGAUAAAAAAGUAAAACAAGUUGUUGAAGCAUGGACAUAUGAUGGAUCAAAUGUUAAAUUAGAUAAAGCAUUUAGAAUUUAUACAAAUGACAAACAACCAGCACGUUAUUUUACAUCAAAUAAUACACAAUCAUUAACAAUAAAUGAAUUAAAUAUAGAAAUAACACGUUUAAAUGAACAAAUUAAACAAAUGAAUUUAUCAAUGCAUGAAUUAAAAUCAAUUCGACAAACAACAAAAGAUAAUUUAGAUAAAAUGAAACAUAUGAGUCACGAAAAUCAGAAGAUAAUUAACGAAUUAAAUAAGCAACUUGAACGUUUGAAUUCUACAAUGCCAAUUGCAUACGCUUAUUCAUUAGAUGAAUUACAAGACAAAUUAAAGGAAUUUACUCUUGCAUAUAAUACAGCAACUAAAAAAUUUAAUGACGCAAAAGAAAAUAAAGACAUUAGACAUCAAGAUCUUGCUGAUGUUACACAAAAACAUGAAAAUAUAGUUAAAAAAAUCGAAUCAAAAAAUGAUGAAUAUACGACUCUAACAGAAAAAAUUAAUGAUGAACAAUCAGAACGUCAACAAAUUCAACAACAAAUGCCAAAGCUAACAAAAAAAUGUUCACAAUUUAACGAAGAUAUUCAAAAAUGUCAAGAAAAAUUAAAUGAAUUAACUAAGAAAAAACCUAAAAAAUCAAAACCAUCAAAGACAACUAAUCGUUCGGUUCGUGAAAUUCAACAAGAACUUGAUGCAAUAAAUAAUUUUCUUAAAUCAAAUGAAGAUACUAUUGAAAAACGUCGACAAGCUAUUGAUGAAUUUAAAGCAAAACGAGAUGCUGCACUAGCAUUAAAAAAAGUUUAUGAACAAUGUUAUCGACAAGUUCAAAAUCUUGAAAAAUUUGUUAAUAAACGUAAAGAACGUUUUGGUCAAAUAGCUGAUCGACAUCAAUAUUUACUUCGACAUAAAUUUAAAGAUUUAAUGGAAAAAUAUCGAUUUGAUGAUUGUGAUAUUAAAAUUGAUCAUAAAAAAGAACAACUUGAAAUAAUUAUUAAAAAAAAUCAACGUAGUGUUGCUUCAUUAUCCGGUGGUGAACGAUCAAUAUCAACAUUUUGUUUUUUAAUUGCUCUGUGGGGAUCUAUUUAUCAACCAUUUCGAUUACUUGAUGAAAUUGAUAUUUAUAUGAGUCGAUUGGGUUCAGACCCGACAGACUCUAGUCUAUUCACCAUGUCAUCAGUUGAAAGAAAGAAACAAUCAGACUUUUUCCUAUAA